GAAAACUGAGCCUGAAACAAAGGAAUCUGUUUCAAAUGACAUUGUUAUGGACAAAUCAUCCCAGGAACAAUACUCAAAAGAUGAUUACCAGUGUGCCAAGUUGGGAGAAGAAUGGAAUUAUGAUCCUGAGAAACCUUCUGUGCACAAUGAAUGUGGGGAAUCAUUCAAGUGUAAUUCAAACCUUUUUCAGGAUCAUAUAAUAUAUAACGUAAAUCAAACUCGUGGUUAUAAUGAGUUUGGAAAAGACUUAAUUCAGGGUAAACACCAUACUGAGCAUCAGAAAAUCCAUCCUAGAGAGAAACUUCACGUAUGUAAAGACUGUGGCAAAACUUUUAGCUUCAGCUCAUCCCUUAUGUACCAUCAGAAAAUUCAUACUGGAGAGAAACCUCAUAAAUGUGAUGAAUGUGGAAAAGCUUUCAUUCUUCGAACACAGCUUAAUUCCCACCAACGAAUUCAUACAGGAGGGAAACCAUAUGAAUGUAAUGAAUGUGGAAAAACUUUUAGAUACAAUUCAUCCUUUACGUACCACCAGAAAAUUCAUACUGGAGAGAAACCUUAUGAAUGUUACGAAUGUGGGAAGGUCUUCAGAGGAAACACACAGCUUAAUUCCCAUCAAAGAAUUCACACAGGAGAGAAACCUUAUGAAUGUGAUGAAUGUGGGAAAACCUUCAAUCAGAGCACACAGCUUACUUUCCACAAGAGAAUUCAUACUGGAGAAAAACCUUACGAAUGUAACGAAUGUGGGAAGGCCUUCAUGCAGAGUGCACAUCUUGUUUCCCAUCAAAAAAUUCAUACUGGAGAGAAACCUUAUGAAUGUAAUGAAUGUGGGAAAGCUUUUAGUUCUAGUACAUCCCUUACUUACCACCGGAGAAUUCACACUGGAGAGAAACCUUAUAAGUGUAAUGAAUGUGGGAAGGCUUUCAUCCAGAGUGCACAUCUUACUUCCCACCAGAAAAUUCAUACUGGAGAGAAACCUUAUGAAUGUAGAGACUGUGGGAAAGUUUUUAGCUCCAACUCAUCUCUUAUUUACCACCAGAGAAUUCAUACUGGAGAGAAACCUUAUGUAUGUAAUGAAUGUGGGCAGGCCUUCAGAGUGAACACACAGCUUACUUCCCAUCAGAGGAUUCAUACUGGAGAAAAGCCUUAUGAGUGUAAUGAAUGUGGGAAAGCCUUUGUUCACAGCACACAUCUUACCUUCCACCAGAGGAUCCAUACCGGAGAGAAACCAUAUGAAUGUAACGAAUGUGGGAAAGCUUUUAGCUCUGGUUCUUCCCUUACUAACCACCAGAGAGUUCAUACUGGAGAAAAACCUUAUGAAUGUAAUGAAUGUGGGAAAUCUUUUAGACAUAAUUCAUCCUUUCUUUACCACCAGAGAAUUCACACCGGAGAGAAACCUUAUAUAUGUAGUGAAUGUGGAAAGGGCUUCAUUCUCCGAACACAGCUCACUUCCCACCAGAAAAAGCAUACUGAAGAGAAACUUUAUGAACAUAAUGAAUAUGGAAAAGCUUUUUGAUACAGUGAAUUGCUUAUUUAUCUCCCAGACGCUUUGUAGCAGAAGGAAAUGUUAAUGUAAUAAUGUUGGAAAGCCUUCUACUGGAGCAUAUACUUUAGCAUCAAGAUGUAUGUCCUGAAAAGAUCUAUAGAAGUAAUGAAUGUGUGAAAGUAUUCAUUUUAAGCUCAGAGAAACUUUAUAAGGAAUUAUGGAAAGCUCUUCCAACAAGGUGUACACAAUAGAGAAUACCAGAAAAAUACUGGAGAGAAGUCCUGUAAUUGUAAUUCAUGUGGGGAGGGCUUUAAACAUCAAUCACCCUUUAAUUACCAUAGGAGAAUUCUCGAAAGUGAAUUUUUUGGAGAACGUAACUGACUCCAUUUUGUUCUGUGUUGGCCAUUUUUCUAUGUGGGAACCCUGCAUGAACUGAAAGACCUGCUACUAUAGUUGGUUCUCUUCAAUUUCUUCUUUCAUCUUCUAAUUGGUCCAAAAAGACUUGAUUGCUGAAAAAGGAGGAUUCAACAAUCUCUGGAAUGUCUUCCCUCCCUUAUCUAGCCUGACAGGUAGUUCCCUUUGACUUAGUGAAAUUAGCUAUACUAAAAAGGGCACAUCCCUUCUCUGUCUCCUAUAGCUAAUCAUAUACACUUUCUUUAACAAGUACAUGUUUUUCUUUGUAACACCAGUUGCAUUGUAAUGAACAGCCAUCUUUUUUUCCUUUGUUUCAUGUAAUGUAUAAAUAAUGUGAAUGAUAUAUUUGCAUCAACUGCUGGUGGAGUGUCUUGCUCUCUGAGUGUAUGAUAAAACCUGUUUCUCUGAUUUGUGCUGGCAUAUUGGCAAAGGCUAUUCAAACUGAUAAGAAAAUUCACACCACAAUUUUGGCAACAUGGUGUGAUGCUGGCUAGUUCAAUCUUUACAGAUCCCCAUCUCCAAGAACUUUCCAACCACGUACCAGUGAUUUACCAGUUCAGGAACUUCUAGAGAUGGGGAACUGGGAGGGCUGAUAAAGGCACAGCCUAACACUUUUGUGCUCCAAAUCAUGAGAUCUACAGAGACAAGUUAAUGUUUUCUGUGUUUUUGUAUUGUGUGGUCUGUUCGUGUUCACUCGCUGUUUUGGCCAACCUUCCUAUCUAAAUUCUUGGUUAAAUUUUUAUUCUGGUCUGGUGUCUGGCACUAAGAUACCAAGGAGCCUUUGGAAAAACGAUAACUUGGUAGUGCAGAACCAGAGGAAAUUGUGGUGGAUGUCAAAUAGGUCAUCUAACCAUAAACUCAAGUGGUGGGGGGGGGAUCCCAAACAUUAAUGAUAUAAAACUGAUAAAAGCCUCAAUUUGACCUUGAGUAAUCAGUCAUCAUAUGGUAUCUGCUUGGUAUUUCUUUUCUAGAAUAGAAUAUUCAGAUCCAUUUUGGUGAAUUGGGAAAAAAAUUCUAGGAAGGACUAGUCUCUAAGUGUGAAGUUGUUCUUUGUUAAACUAAAUGGUCAUCUGAUAUUUAAUCUUAAUACAUAAUGGCCCCGGCCAUUAUGAUCUCAUGAACAUGAUCAUGAAACUCUAUAAAUUCUAGAGGGAAAAAAUAGAGGUCCAUUUCCCAAGACAAAUGAGUUAUUGAUUUAUUUGGGUAGAUCCUGAAGUGCAUAAAUUUUGCCAACCAAAUUGUGAAAUUAAUGAAUCUUUCUCAUGGGGAAAGAGAAUGCCGCCUCCUUGUGAGGCUUUGCCAGAGGAUGGAUGCUGGCAUUCUUUGUUACAUUUUCCACCUAGUGCUCCACCACUUGUCUCAGAUACUCCCUCUCUGGAGAUACCAGCUACCCAGAGACAGUACCUUGUUCUUUUAAGGGACAGUAACAUUGCCCUUUACAACCUUGCCCUUUAGGGGCAAGAAAAAGCUCUCUCUGAAAUCCUCUUGCUGAUAACUUUUAUCUUCAGUGAAUGGGAUGAGAAGAGAGAAAGGUAAAGACCCAGAUGCAGGAAGAUCACCAAGUACAACUUUUAGCCACCUUGCAGUAGAAUUCUGGCCAAGACUGCUAUCACCUCUGGCAGUGGCAGAAGAAAUGCCCUUUUCAUCCAAAAUACCCAGCCAGUUAACAGUGUUAAACUGUCCCAUUCCCAUUAAACUUUCCAUAGAAAAUUAGGGGUGGGAAGGAGGGAAUGAGGACUUUAUGCCACAAAUUUCAAAUCUUUCAGAAGAUAUAAUUCUGUAUUCUUAAUUCUAGCCAGGUUGGGAGUACACAGAAAGAGAUCGAUAAGAGGGACUAAAAUCCUUUUCCCAUUUACAUAAAUUUAUGGUAUUAUAAACUAAUUAGAGACUAAAUUUGUGACUGAAUGUAAUUUCUUUACUGUGAAUUUCCAAAAUGUGGUUUGGAUGUUUUUAUAAAGGCUGAAAUAAUCUCAUGAAUUUUUGGGGUUGAUGCUUCCCAAAACUUUAAAAAAAAUGAAAACUUUGUGAAAAUUACAUGCAAAUAGCACUUCACCUUUUUUUUUUUUAACCACCCUCUCUCUUCCUUGAAGUGUGACAGAUUUAUUGUUUUAAGGUAAGAGUAGAAGGUGAUUUCACUGACUAGAGAAAGCUAAGAAAGCUUUAAACAGUAAAAAAAUAAAUAAAAGAAAAUAGAUAAAGAAACAUGGUUUUGAAGUCUGCAGUUUCUAAGUAUCUGGUGCUUAUGAACCACAUAGUGCAAUUAUUAACUCUUCUAUACAAAUUGGAAAGAAAGGUUUGUUUAAAUCAUCAAAAUUUCAUUUUAAGGGAAAGUUUUCAUUUUACCUCUGUGUUCUGUGAAUGACUUAAUAAAGUUUAAUUGCCUAAGUAAAUUAGAAGCAGUCAGCUGAAAAAAAAAUUAGAAUUGACUGCAUUUGCAAAUCCUUGAAGAAGCAAAUUGGAAAUGUUUUACCUGACAAAAUAAGGAACUAUCUGUAAGCCUUAAAGUUUCAAUUUUGAUCAAGGAAAAAGUAAAAGUUUUGCAGUUAACUGGAAUUGUAUAAUAAAACUUGUGCUAAUUUAGAGAGGAGAGAUUUUAGUGGCAUAAAGAAAAUUAGUUUUGUGGAUGGAGUGGGAUAUGAUUGGGAAAUAAAAGAUAUGAGGAAUUGAGAAAGUAGAGAAGGAAAGUGAAGGGUUGAAUCAGUUUGGAAAUCAAAGUUCAGUUUUGAAGGGAACAGAAAGUUAAAGGAUAUUUGGAGACCAUUUGCACUUAGUGUGAAUAUAAAGCUUAAUUAGAAAGCAAUGAGAAUUGAGAGUUAAGAUUUCUCAAAAAGCAGGAAUAUUUCUUUACCUAAGUUGGCACAAUACAGAGUCCUUAUCUCUGCCUGCUGCCAGAAUGUCCAGAAGAGUCAAAAGAAAAGCCAAGAAGGUAAUAAAGUAUUAUAGAGAAGUUUAAGUUAAAUCUUACAGCUAGUCUAGAUUAGAGGAGAAUAGGAAGAUCUCCAUGCCAGUAAGAUGAUUGUUACAUCUGGAGAAGUGCUUAUUUUCUUCUUAGAUAGUUAAAAGUUAAUUUUGAGAUUUCUCAUGAUUGCCAAGCUUUAUUUCAUUAAUUUGUUCAUGUAGAAAAGUAGCUAGAAUUGAGCCAAAAUUUAAAAUUGAGCAUUUAAAAAUUUUUAUUUAUACUGCCUUUUGAUAAAUCCGGCGAAAUUACUAUUUUCAACAUGAAAUGUGUUCUGAAUGGUAAUUACUGAUGCCAUCUUUUAUAAUAUAAGGGCAUUCAGUUUUAAUUACUCCAUACUGAUCUCUGAAUGCAACUAACAUAGAAUGCCAAAAUCGAUAGAUGAAAUGGUUUUCUUUGUAAGAUAAUUCAGAAUGCAUUCAACUGAGUUGAUGUCAUUUGACUUGCAAUGUUUUGUUUCAUGUUUGAAGUCCAUAAUAUUUUUUAAAAUAAUGUUCCUAAUUUUUUGCAUUGUGAUUUUGGGAAACCAUAUAAGAAAUGGUGUUUAUUUGAAAAAUGAUACCUAGAGUGUACUUACUGUACAUUUGUAUUAUUAGGAUAUUAACUCCUUUGAUCUGAAUGCUAUGAAAUGAUGAAUUUGAGCUAUCACAUAUUAGAGACUUAUCAUUAUGGUAAACACACACACAAACACACACACCCCAAAAACUUGUCUAUUUCCUUGGUUAUAUUUUGCUUAAAAAAUGAAUAAUGAUGGUAAUUAUUUAGAAUUUGGCAAAACCUAAAGACCUUGUAAAUUCUUAUCUGUGAAAUUCUUUAAGGACUUGCCAGGUCCUUUGGAUCUUCAACUUAGGCAAGAUCAUAAAAUUUUAUCAGCUUCAUGGAAGAAGGAACUAAAAGAACAUACAUGACAAAUGAGAACUUUGCAAAUUCUAAAAUAGUAAAUUGAAUUACUAAUUAAGAAAUUUAUGAAAAUGGUUAAACUAGAUAAAAUUAUAUCUGAAAAAUAUGCAUUGAAGUUAUAUCUUUGAGCCAACAUAGUAUAGGUCCCAGUGAGAAUAUUUUUCUUUUUGCCUUAGAAGUUAAUAUAUGAUACCCUAAGAUAUCCAAACUGACAGAAGCCACUUUCUCAAAUUUGAGUGAACUGUAUCAAACAUCCAAUUUUUGUAUAAAGCCCUAGAAUAUGAUUAUUUUCUUAAUCUUUAACUACUUGGUUAUGACAUCAGGAUGUCUGAAUAUAUACAUACACAGAA